AUGGUCACUUCCUAUGGCUCAGAGGACCCCCAGAUCUUCCCCGAAGUAAUUCAACCCCUGGUGCCUCUCGAUAACUUUAUUCCUGAGAGGGCAGGGCCUGGGAGUUGGGUCCCCACCGAACCUAAGGAAUUGGAGGAGAAUGAGGUCAUCCCAAAAAGGAUCUCACCCUUUGAAGGGGACGAGGACCUGUCCAACAAGGUGUCCAUGUCCAGCACCGCGCAGGGCAGCAGCAUCUUUGAGAGGACAGAGGUUCUGGCAGCUCUGAUCGUGGGCGGCGGCGUGGGCAUUCUCUUUGCUGUUUUCCUGGUCCUGCUGCUGGUGUACCGCAUGAAGAAGAAGGAUGAAGGCACCUAUGACCUGGGCAAGAAACCCAUCUACAAGAAAGCCCCUACCAACGAGUUCUAUGCCUGAAGCGCCCGCCUGGCCACCGGCUUGGACCUCCGUGGGGAAGGAAGCCGAAGGAUUUGGGAGGGUGGACGUUAGGGUAGGGGGAGGGCAACCUAAUACUGACCUGUCCGCAUCUCCAGCUCUGAUUAUGUUUCAAGCGUCAGAAGAGACAUCAUCUUCUGUU